CCCGCCGGUGUGGCUUGCUCCUCACCAUGGUUGCAGCAGCACAAAGCCGCCAGCGCAGGAGGCCGCUCCCCCCCUGAGAGCCCGGCCCCGCCCGCGCCGAGCCAGCCACCUCCCCGCGCCCAGCCGGGAGCGCAGCCCCGCAGCCCCCGGCAGCCCGGAUGGGAGGCGCCGGCGGGGAUGCAGCAGCCGCGGAGCGGGACGGCGGAGCCCAGUAGAGCAGGAGCCGGGAGCCGCCGCCAGGCGCCAGGACCGCGGGAGCCCCCUGGCCGCUCUCCCCGCUGCCGGCCGGGCUUGUCCGGGCGGCGGCGCUGCUGAGUCCCGGCGUUUCACCCCAGCGGCCGCGAGCCCGGAGCCGGGCCGGAGCAGCGAGAGGCCGCGCCCGCCGCGCCCGCCGCGCAGCGACAGGAGCCGGGACCCCGACGGGACCGAGCCCCGCUCCCCCGCCGCGCGCCUUCGGGACCGGGGCUCGGCGCAGUUUCCGACCCCACUCCGCACCCAGCAGGAGCCGCGGCCGGAGCCCAGGCAGGAGGCGGCGGGGCCGGGGCGCUGCAGCCCGGGGCAGAGAAGGGGCGAGAUGGCGUCGUACGUGGAUAACAGCUUCCGCCAGGCGGUGAUGAAGAACCCGGCGGAGAGGAGCCCCCAGGAUUUGGAGAUAGUGUAUUCUUAUUUACAUGGAAUGGAAGCCUUGUCUAAUCUGAGGGAACACCAACUCAGGCUGAUGUGUGAAACUGUGAGAUAUGAAAGGCAUGAAGCAAACGAAGUUCUGUAUUACCCUGAUGAUAUUGGCUCCUGUUGGUACAUCCUGCUGUCUGGUUCAGUAUUCAUCAAAGAGUCUAUGUUUCUUCCAAGGAGCAGUUUUGGCAAGCGUUCUGCAGGAAGCUUCAGGCGUGGCUGUGAAUGCAUUGUUUUAGAGCCAUCUGAAAUGAUUGUGGUGGACUAUAUGGAUGAAAAUGAAGAAUAUUUCCAGCGUCAAGCUUCCCAUAGACAAUCCCGAAGGAGAUUUAGGAAAAUCAAUCAAAAAGGAGAAAGACAAACUAUUAUUGAUACUGUGGAUCCUUAUCCUGUGGGGAAGCCACCUUUACCUAGAGGUUAUCAUACGGAAUGCACUAAACCUCAGCUUCCUGCAGAUUUCACAAAACUGCAUCUUACUGACAGUCUCCACCCACAGGUGACCCACGUUACCUCUAGUCACUCAGGAUGUAGCAUCACUAGUGAUUCUGGAAGCAGCAGCCUUUCUGAUAUCUACCAGGCCACAGAAAGUGAGGCUGGUGAUAUGGAUCUGAGUGGGUUACCAGAGACUGCAGUGGAUUCUGAGGAUGAUGAUGAUGAAGAAGACAUUGAGAGGGCGUCAGACCCUCUGAUGAGCAGGGAUAUUGUUAGAGACUGCCUGGAGAAAGACCCAAUAGACAGGACAGAUGAUGACAUUGAACAACUAUUGGAAUUCAUGCAUCAGUUGCCUGCUUUUGCCAACAUGACAAUGUCAGUGAGGAGAGAACUUUGUGCUGUGAUGGUAUUUGCAGUUGUGGAGAGGGCAGGAACCAUAGUACUAAAUGAUGGGGAAGAGCUGGACUCCUGGUCAGUUAUAUUGAAUGGUUCUGUGGAAGUGACAUAUCCCGAUGGAAGAACAGAGAUACUGUGUAUGGGAAACAGUUUUGGUGUUUCCCCUACCAUGGACAAGGAAUACAUGAAAGGAGUGAUGAGAACCAAAGUGGAUGACUGCCAGUUUGUCUGCAUAGCCCAACAAGAUUACUGCCGCAUCCUCAAUCAAGUGGAAAAAAACAUGCAGAAGGUAGAAGAGGAGGGGGAGAUUGUUAUGGUGAAGGAGCACAGGGAGCUUGAUCGCACUGGAACAAGAAAGGGUCACAUUGUCAUCAAGGGAACAUCAGAAAGGUUAACAAUGCAUUUGGUGGAAGAGCACUCAGUGGUGGAUCCAACAUUUAUAGAGGAUUUCCUUUUGACCUACAGGACCUUUCUUUCCAGCCCAAUGGAAGUGGGCAAGAAAUUGUUGGAGUGGUUCAAUGACCCUAGCCUCAGGGAUAAGGUUACACGGGUAGUAUUGUUGUGGGUGAACAAUCACUUCAAUGAUUUUGAAGGAGAUCCUGCUAUGACUCGAUUUCUAGAGGAAUUUGAGAACAAUCUGGAAAGAGAGAAAAUGGGUGGACAUCUGAGGCUAUUAAAUAUUGCAUGUGCUGCUAAAGCUAAACGAAGAUUGAUAACAUUAACAAAGCCAUCUCGAGAAGCCCCUUUGCCUUUUAUCUUGCUGGGAGGGUCAGAAAAGGGAUUUGGAAUCUUUGUUGACAGUGUGGAUUUAGGUAGCAAAGCCACAGAAGCAGGCUUGAAACGUGGUGACCAGAUACUGGAGGUGAAUGGUCAAAACUUUGAAAACAUUCAGCUGUCAAAAGCCAUGGAAAUUCUUAGAAAUAAUACUCAUUUAUCUAUCACUGUGAAAACCAACUUAUUUGUUUUUAAAGAACUUCUAACAAGAUUGUCAGAGGAGAAAAGAAAUGGUGCUCCCCAUCUACCUAAAAUUGGUGAUAUUAAAAAGGCCAGUCGUUACUCCAUCCCAGACCUUGCUGUUGAUGUGGAGCAGGUGAUAGGACUAGAAAAAGUAAAUAAGAAAAGUAAAGCCAACACUGUUGGAGGGAGAAACAAACUAAAGAAGAUACUUGACAAAACUCGAAUCAGUAUCCUGCCUCAGAAACCAUACAAUGACAUUGGAAUUGGCCAGUCGCAGGAUGACAGCAUUGUAGGAUUGAGGCAGACCAAACACAUUCCUCCUGCUUUACCUGUCAGUGGAACCCUGUCAUCCAGUAAUCCAGAUUUAUUGCAGUCACAUCACCGCAUCUUAGAUUUCAAUAGUACUCCAGACUUACCAGACCAAGUUCUGAGGGUUUUCAAGGCAGACCAGCAAAGUCGCUAUAUUAUGAUUAGUAAGGACACAACAGCAAAGGAAGUGGUCAUUCAGGCGAUUAGAGAGUUUGCUGUAACUGCUACUCCCGAUGCAUAUUCUUUGUGUGAAGUCUCUGUCACUCCAGAGGGUGUAAUCAAGCAAAGGAGGCUUCCAGAUCAGCUAUCCAAGCUUGCUGAUAGGAUACAGCUAAGUGGCAGGUAUUAUCUGAAAAACAACAUGGAGACAGAAACAUUGUGUUCAGAUGAAGAUGCUCAGGAGUUACUGCGGGAAAGUCAAAUUUCCCUACUGCAGCUCAGUACUGUUGAGAUGGCUGCUCAGCUCUCCAUGCGAAACUUUGAGCUGUUUCGUAACAUUGAACCCACAGAGUACAUAGACGACCUGUUUAAACUCAAAUCUAAAACCAGUUGUGCUAACUUGAAAAAGUUUGAAGAAGUGAUAAACCAAGAAACAUUUUGGGUAGCAUCUGAGAUUCUAAGAGAAACCAACCAGUUAAAAAGAAUGAAGAUCAUUAAACACUUCAUUAAGAUAGCACUGCACUGCAGGGAAUGCAAGAACUUCAACUCCAUGUUUGCAAUUAUCAGUGGCCUGAAUUUGGCACCGGUUGCAAGGCUCCGCACUACUUGGGAAAAACUUCCAAGCAAAUAUGAGAAGCUGUUUCAAGAUCUUCAAGACUUGUUUGAUCCAUCUAGGAACAUGGCAAAAUAUCGUAAUGUCCUGAACAGCCAAAACCUACAGCCUCCCAUUAUUCCUCUCUUUCCUGUUAUCAAAAAGGACCUUACAUUCCUCCAUGAAGGAAAUGACUCAAAAGUGGAAGGCUUGGUCAAUUUUGAGAAGCUGAGAAUGAUUGCAAAAGAAAUUCGUCACGUUGGUCGAAUGGCUUCUGUUAACAUGGAUCCUGCUGUAAUGUUCAGGACUAGGAAGAAGAAAUGGAGGAGUUUGGGGUCUCUCAGCCAGGGCAGUACAAAUGCAGCAGUGCUAGAUGUUGCACAAACAGGGGGACACAAAAAGCGGGUACGUCGCAGCUCCUUUCUCAAUGCCAAAAAACUGUAUGAAGAUGCUCAAAUGGCACGAAAAGUGAAGCAGUACCUCUCUAACUUGGACCUGGAAAUGGAUGAAGAGAGCCUCCAGACACUGUCUCUGCAGUGUGAGCCAGCCACCAACACAUUACCGAAGAAUCCAGGGGACAAACGGUCUGGGAAACAGGAAACGUCACCAGUGGCACCUAGGGCAGGAAUUCAGCAGAAGGUGCAGCAGCAGCAUAAAAUAAACCAAGCAUUGCAGGUCCCUGCUGUGUCCCUCUAUCCCUCUCGCAAGAAAGUACCAGUCAAAGACCUCCCACCAUUUGGCAUUAACUCCCCACAAGCUUUAAAGAAAAUUCUUUCAUUGUCUGAAGAAGGAAGUUUGGACCGUCACAAGAAACAAGCUGAAGACACAAUAUCAAAUGCAUCUUCACAGUUGUCUUCUCCUCCCACAUCACCACAGACCUCUCCAAGGAAAGGUAUAACUGAGGCCAAAAGCAUAGUAGAAUUGAAAAAAGGUUAUACUUUGGCUCCUAGUGGCACCGUGGAUAACUUUUCAGAUUCUGGUCACAGCGAAAUUUCUUCCAGAUCUAGUAUUGUCAGCAAUUCUUCAUUUGACUCCAUGCCAGUGUCACUGCAUGAUGAGAGGAGACAGAGGCAUUCUGUCAGCAUUGUGGAGACUAAUCUUGGUGUGGGUAGAAUUGAUAGAAGAGCCAUGAUUGAACCAGAUCAAUACAGCUUAGGUUCAUAUGCACCACUGUCAGAGAACAGAGGCCUGUAUGCUGGAGCAACUGUGCUUUCUUCUCCCAGUACAGAAGAGCUAUCACAGGAUCAGGGGGAUCGCGCUUCACUUGAUGCUGCAGACAGUGGCCGUGGCAGCUGGACUUCUUGCUCAAGUGGUUCUCAUGACAACAUACAGACAAUACAACACCAGAGAAGCUGGGAGACUCUUCCUUUUGGACAUGUUCAUUUCGAUAGUUCAGGCGAUGGGGCAGGAUUAUGGGCCUCAGGCAGUCAUAUGGACCAGAUGAUGUUCCCCGAUCAUGGCACAAAAUAUGGCAGGCAGAGUCAAGGUAGGGAGGGCCUUGAUCAAGCACAGUCCAGAGCAAGCUGGGCAUCCUCAACAGGCUACUGGGGAGAGGACUCAGAAGGUGAUACAGGUACCAUAAAGCGGCGGGGUGGGAAGGAUGUUUCAAUUGAAGCUGAAACCAGUAGCAUAACAUCUGUAACAGCAGAGGAGUCAAAGCCAGCUCCCAUGUCCUCUCAUAUAACUAUAUCAUCAAGUAGUGCAAAGGGGCUUAUUGCACGAAAAGAAGGUCGAUAUCGAGAACCACCUCCAACUCCCCCUGGUUAUGUAGGAAUACCUAUUGCAGACUUUGCUGAAGGAGUUUCCCAGCCAACUAGAAAACCUCCGGAUUACAACGUAGCACUUCAGAGGUCUAGGAUGGUAGCACGGACAUGUGAGACCCAUGGGACUUCAACUUUGCAGCAGCAAUCACAAGGUCACUCAGCUAGCAGGCCUGUGAACAAACCUCAGUGGCACAAACCAAACGAGUCAGACCCACGUCUAUCUCACUAUCAGACUCAAGGGUUUUCCACAGAGGAGGAUGAAGAUGAACAAGUCUCUGCCGUCUAAGAAUUGGGGCUUUUCUGGAUCCAGAGUGAGCCACCUUAAAGGAGAGCACAAGAAGACGUCCCUAGUAUAGGAGCCUUGGAACUAUAAUUAAAGGAUGGUAGACCUAUUUGCCGCCUUCCCUGCCUUAAAGCAGCAUGGGGCUUCUUCUCCCCCGUUCCUCCCCCCUUUCUCCUUGCAUGUGAAAUACUGUGAAGAAAUCGCCCUGGCACUUUUCAAACUGUGUUGCUUGAAAUGCACAGUGCAGCAAUCUCCAAGCUACCACUGUCGCUGUCUGCCACAUCACACAGUAUCAUUCCAAAUUUCAAGAUCAUCACAUCAAGAUGAUUAACUCUGGCUGCAUUUCCCAAUGCCUGGAAGGGUUUUGAAAUCUUCCUUUUAGAUUUUAAUCACAAUCCUAACACUUCAUCUCAUUGGGAUAAUGAGAUACGCUAGUUGUCAAACGACAUUGAGCCUUUAACGUACAAAGAGAAAAACACAUUGAAAUCCUUCAAGUAUACAAUGCUUGUUUGCUUGUUUACAAUGCAUUUGUUACAGUGCUGUAUGUUGUUGUGUUCAGAAAGCAAAUGUUACACCUGCAUAAUAAUUACAGUAUUAUUUCAUACUUUUUAGUAGGGUUGCCAGCCUGGGCUCCUAAAAACAAAACUGAUAUGGCUGAGCAGGGCAGAAUGGAAGGCAGGAAGGGUUUUAGGAUACAGCCUUUCAUUGACCACCUAGCUCCACUCUUAAAGUGCCCCACCCUGGAGUCUUAAAAAGUUUGUAAAUCAUAGGAUAGUAUUUUGAAAUGGGUCUAGCAUCAAUGCAGAACUAAGUGCUUGCAACUAUCUAAUGGAGGAAAACAGGACAACUUGUAUAGUUUGUACCAUACAAUUUGUAUACCUGUGCCUUGUGGAAUACAGGAUGGCAUAGUUUAAAAAAAAAAGUCCUAUUCAAAUGAGACAGAUGGUAAACCCCACCUUUAAAUUAUAUUUUUGUCUUACUAUUGUUAGAAGGUUAGUUAUUUUAAGAGAAAAAUUAACUGGAUAACAUUGCAGUGAAGGCAAUUUGAGAUGUCACAGCUAAUGUCAGCUGUUAUUUCUGAUCGAAUAAUCUCUCUAUUGACUUGGCAUUAGGGAAUAAACAAGCCUUUAAAUUAUGAAAAAACACAUUUAGACAUGCGAGCCUUUGCAAUGCAGAAAUAGUCACAACUGUUAAUGGCUUUCUGGAACACUGCAUGUGUAGAAAAGGCCAAUGUGUAGCAACCACCUGCUCACAGCUGCUAUUAACCCUAUAAUGACUGAAAUGAUCCUUCCCCUCUAUUUUUGUGUUGUUUUUGCACAGACUCCGGAAAAGUGAAGGCUGCCAAUCUGAGUAGUACUCAAAUGUGAGGAACUGCUGGUCUUGGAUUUUUUUCCAUUGAACUCAGCUGAUCAUAUUGAUCAGUAGAUAAACGUAAAUAGCUUCAACUUUAAAGAUCAAAUUGCAGUGUUUUUUCACUGUAUCAAACAAUGUCAGUGCUUUAUUUAAUUAUUCUCUCUCCUGUAAUCAUGGCUUUUGUCUAUUUGCUUAUAUAUCACAUUGUCAAUUAUGAAUUUGUAAUUUUACAUGUAAUAUGCAUUAUUUGCCAGUUUUAUUAUAUAGGCUAUGGACCUCAUGUGCAUAUAGAAAGUCAGAAACCUAGCUCUAUCACAAGUUGCACAAAUAUUAUAUAAGCAUUAAGUAAUUGUAGACCAUAGGACUGCUAAUCUCAGUUCACUCUGUGAUGUCAAGUGCAGAAUGUACAAUUAACUGGUGAUUUCCUCAUACUUUUGAUACUACUUGUACCUGUAUGUCUUUUAGAAAGACAUUGGUGGAGUCUGUAUCCCUUUUGUAUUUUUAAUACAAUAAUUGUACAUAUUGGUUAUAUUUUUGUUGAAAAUGGUAGAAAUGUACUAUGUUUAUGCUUCUACAUCUGAUUUGUAUGAAGCUGAAAAAUAAAUAAAUAUAACAUGAA